AUGGCGCUUCAUCUGGUGGAACUUGACAAAAAUACAUGUGAUUGAACAUACCUGAUUUCCAAACACACAUUCCAGUUGCAGGUUUUACAACAACAGCCGUUUAAAAAACUUUUUCUUCGUCUUUUUUUCAUCUUAUAAACGAACGAAAUUGUUUUGCAAAAACAAUCGAUCCUCGUGAGUGAGAUCCCAGACUUAUAUCUUACACUACAACAUUCCCCAUAUAAUCAGCCGUGAUUAAGAAUCCGGAAAAAAGAUUUUGUGUAUAGUAAUAGCACAGAUCCCAAAUCCAUUGUGAAUUCAGCUUGAAUUGUACCUUUUUACGUAGUAAUUUUAAAAAGAAGUCAAAACAAACAUGCAUGCCUGAUCAAACCACAUCGAAUUCGAAUAAAAAUGAAAAUAUGCGGGGGGACCUGCAUCACACAUAGAUCAGGGGCACCAUAGCCGUUUCACCGCCCGUGUUUUACAGCGCCCUGGAUCAGGCAAAUAUUAGCGCGUUUCACCGCCCGUGUUUUACUACGCCCUGCUAUAUCCCAUGCAUGCUCCUUCAUCCGAAAUAAUCAUUGUUUUUAUAUCUUCAAACUCCGAGUUUAUCCGCCGUAUAGCGAUUUAAGAGACCGUUUGAGUUUACACGGUGGAUAGGCAAAAUUUAACCGGUGCAUAGUGCUAAACGGGCUUUGUACUUCGUACAACGCGAUUUUUGAGUGAAGCGUUUAAAUUUUAUCCGGUGGAUAGCGACUUAAACGCCUUUCGUACAACCGGCGUCUGGGCUACUACCGAACAUUAAAACACCUUAGGCUUAGCUCAGACACAUAUCGUGCAUGUGAAAACUUUGAAGGUUAUUUUUGCAAAUCUUGCAUGGAUUUAUUGAACGUUUUGGGAAGCACGGUUGCCAGAUUUGUUUAAUUUGUUUCACUAUAAGUAGAGUUUGGUAAACCGAUAAGAAGAGUUAUGUCAGUUCUCUUAUAACUCGCAAGCCAAAACAGUGAGUUAUAUUGUGUUUGCUAAUGGAUAUUUGAACAACCGGCCUCUGUUGUUUGACCGAGUAAAAAAGAUACAGGCUAUAAUUGGACAAAAGAGAAAGGUUAAAAAUAACGCGAUUGCAUUUUUAUCAGAACUUUCACCAUAAUUUUUUUAAAUCUCUAUUGUUUUCAAGGUGUUUAAAACAACGCCUGAAGGAAAAAGAAAGAUCGUUGUCGCAACAAACAGUGCAGAGACGUCACUGACCAUUGAUGGCAUUCGUAUUGUUAUUGAUUCAGGCAUGGUGAAAGAGCCGUCCUUCGAUCCUGCUAGAAAUAUGACCACUUUGGAUGUUAAACUUGUGAGCCAGAGUUCUGCUAAACAGCGGAGUGGUAGGGCACGUACGUUAGCGCUUUUACAGAACUUGCGAAUACGUUUGGAAAGAAUGAAUGGCGGAUAUGGUUAGCGCGCUGUUCCUUACUGUUGUUUCUUGAUGUACAAUUACCUUGACUUGAUAAACAUGAAAACUCGUUUAAGUCGAAUUGUGGUUGGUGUUACCCUGUGCUUCAAGAGUUUUUCUCUGAAUCCUAUGGUUGACUUCCUUCACCAAAAAUAACCCUUCUCACUCUGCUCCGUAUAAUGAGACAUGCUGCAAGAAGAUUUGCAACCCGCAACAGGCUUUUUUAUUACAGCUCAGUGACUGUGUACAAUAUCGGUAUUGCAUACUAUAUAUUGUAAAUUGUGCUGUAUGCCGUGAGUACUAGUUGUGUAUACAAUUAUUUUGCGAACACGUUUUAUAUAACAGACGUUGUGUUGUAAGUAUCAUAAAGCCAAUUUUCCACUUCGACGGUAUCGUAACGUAUCGUGGCAUUUUCCACUCUAGUGCUCAGGAAACAAAGAAAUACGCUUCGCUGUGAUAUGGUUAAAGUGGAAAACUGACUUAAAGUAUUGUUACGUAUAACAGGGCCUUUAUUUUUAGCGGGAUACAUAUUUCUGUUCAGAUGAAUUAAAAGUUAAUAUACGCCAUUCAGGAUAACUAAAACCUGUAAUUUUAUUUCUUGCUAGGUCGUACAGGGCCAGGCAAGUGUUACUGUAUGUAUACAGAAGAAGAUUAUAACAAAAUGGACUCAAAUACAAAACCAGAGAUUUUAAAAAUGCAUCUUGGGAUGGCUGUCCUUCAGUUGCUGAGUUUAGGAGUCACAGAUAUCGAGAAGUUUGACUUUGUUGAGAGUCCACCACCUUCUGCGCUGACGAAAGCACUAGUGAACUUGACACUACUGGGUGCUUUGAACCCUGACAGAACAUUGAACCAUUUAGGCGAAGAAAUGCUUCAACUACCAACUGAACCACAGCUAUCAAAGGCGCUGCUCGAGGGACUGGACCGAGGGUGCGGUGAUGACGUCAUCAUUGCCGCGGCACUUAUGUCGAGUGGACAUGACGUUUUUUAUCGAGGAACCGUGGAGAAGAGAAACGAGUGCGAGAUUCAAAAACAAGAAUUCUGCCAGACCAGUGGUGAUCUCCUGAGUGCAAUCGAUGUGUACAAAAAUUGGUUUGCGAAGUCCUCUAAGACUCAAGUAGCCUGGUGCAAGGAGAAUGCAUUGAAUUCCAAAUUACUUCGCUCUGCUCGAGAAACUGGUAACGAGAUUCGAGAUGCGCUGUCUAAAAUACGACCUAGACUCAACUUACAAGUGACAACAGAAAACAUCCAGGAAUCUCUCGGUAAAAGUUUGUUAGCUGGAUAUUUUGAAAAUAUAGCUUGGUCAAUUGGUCAUGAGAAGCUCGGCUAUAUGACGGUUUCGUCCAGUCAGAAAGCCAGAAUUCAUCCUUCAUCUGUUCUCUCCAGUCUUGGUGAUCAGCCUGAAUGGGUACUGUACCAGCAACUGAAACGUACGAAUCAGGUAUUCUUACUUAAUCUAACACCAAUACACUAUGACUGGAUCGCGGAAGUUGCUAUGCAUAUGUUACAGUAUGUUGAUGAAGAAACCAUUGCAAGAUCACGAGUUGUACGACACAGGAUCUACCCAAUUGGUCCAGAGCUGGUUAAAGCUGUGAUUGGCUAUCAAGGUUCAACUAUAAAGCAGAUAGAAACCUCUGUAUCAGAAUACAGUGCCAGGUUUCCAGUAAUUGAUGGACACACUGCAUUUUGUGCAGUGGAAUGUAACGUAGACAAAGGAAUGGUAGAUGUCUAUACGACUAAAGAUUGCCUUAAUUACGCCAGUAACCAGGUGAACGAUGUGAUUCGGAAGAAGCGACGUGAACUUGAAGGUUACUCAGAAGUCUUCAUUUCAAAUGUUGGAGGUCUGAAGUCGUUAGUUGCAAACGACUUGACAACGAGAUUGAUCCUUCAACCUGGAACAUCUUGCAAGUUUGAUGUCUUUGUGGAGAAAGAAGAUGUGGGCGAAGAAGUUUGUAUUAUUUUGUAUUGAUUUAAUAUUAGUGUUGAUCUCUUUCAAAGUUGAUAUAUGAGAUAGCAUCGCGGAUGUAGUAUAGAAGGUUCAUUAGUAGGGUUCAUUAAUAGGGCCACAAGUUUACUAGUUGUCAAACUGUUAUGUGUAACUCUCGGUAAAUAAAGUUUCAAACAAACAAAACAAACAAGGGGUAUACAAAAGAUCACCGGAAUCACAGAACUGCAGGCUGUAUUCCUGCCGGGUGGAUUAUAGUAUAUGGCAUUUCUUGCAACUUAUAUAUUCCAUCCAAGCAUACGUUAAACAUUAUUCGGUUCUCGUUAUGUUUUUUUAAUUCCCGAAUGGCUUUCAGAGGCUCCCUGAAAUCUUAAAAUCCUGAAUCCUCCUAUUUUUUCUACCAGGAAACCCUAACUAGGAAAUUCUCAAGAGCCCAGAGUACCAUUUUCCGUGUUUGAAUCUCUUUUUCUUUACCACAAUAAUUGUUAUCUUAGUUUCUGCAAAACCUGUUGUGGACACUCAUUGUAAACCACACGUGCAUUGGCUCGAAGCUAACCGGAGAAAGCCUUCAAAUAACUAAAGAGAUUUUGAAAGCACUACGUUGUAGCCUGGUUGAUGUAGUUGCGUGUAAUGAAAAAAAAACAAUGUAGGUUAAAACUGUAAAAGUUGUGAAAAAGCUGUAAAGGUUGAGAAAAACCAUCUAUAACAGGGUCUUUAUACUUUCGUUUAGGUCAAUUCUGAUGAGGUUCUUUGCAUACUCCGUGAUGGGGGAAAUGUUAUUCAUGAUGCUGCCUGCACCAAUCCAAAGAGUGGACCUAAUGUUUACAAAUGGGGUGACGUGACGUACUCUGAUGUUAGCCAAGCCAAGAAAGCAAAUACCAACCUACACUCUGUUCGAAAUCGAGAUGAAUUGCCUUACAACGUGAGAAGAAUACAACUGAAACCUACCCGUGUUGAGAGUACUGCAUCUCAGAAUUAUACCCAGUCUUCUGGUGUUAAGGUUUUAGUUAGCUGGUUCCCUUUGCCUGCCAGAGAAAAAGCUUACAUCAAGUGUAAGAGUCGAGAUAUCGCUAACGAAAUAGUCUGCAACCUCAACCGACAAGUGACAUCUAGGUUUUCAAAAAGAUGUUUUGUGCAGAAAUCAGGUGGCGAUAUCGCUGUAUUUGUUCAGGAAACAGACGAUGAAUUUACAGUCAGGAAACGACUCGAAGGUUGUUGUACCACGUUCCAAAUUGAAGGCGUCUUGAAAAUCACAGUUCCGUCCAAACCAUCACUCCAUGAAGUAGAUCUUCAAGCAGAGAAAGAAAAAUUGAUGGAAGUCAUGAAAGAUUUCGAAACUGUACAAGUCCUGACACUUUGGUUUGCAAAUUGUAAAAAAGUUCGUGCAUGUGUAGUGUUCGAGAAAUUAGAAAGCACUGAGGACGUUAUCCUCAAGUUGAACGAAAAGAGGGACGUGUUGGGAGUUAGGGCGAUGUAUCUGGAGUUGGAAAAAAAGAGAGAAAUCACGUGUGAUGGCAGAUUGUACGACAAGAUAAGGAAGGAAAUCGAAGCACUUAAGAAUGAUGAAAUCAUUAUUGAAGUGGAGCCACGUCAGAGACGUAAGAAGAUAAUAAUUACUGGAAAGGACCCUCAGGUUAGUUGUACAUGUUUAUAUGUCAAAAUAUAAGGAGAUGCAUUUUAUCUCCUUGUUGUAUUUACAAGCAGGGCUGAUAUGCAAAACUGUUGUCAAAACUGCUUUCGUGCAUAAAUUGCAAGGUAAGAGAAGGGGUGCAAUUAAUGAUUAAGAUUACGAGUGAUUUUUAAAAAAUGUGGUGCCAAAUUGCACGAGUCGCCAUUUAUUUGUUAUAUACAUGACAAAUUAUAGCUAUUCUUCCCGGUGUUGAUGUCACGUGAUUGCAGAGAACACAUGUAUAAUUUGAAAGUUGAAACACGGAUGAAAUAAACAAGAUCUGAUUAUUUAAACAUCUAAACUAUAUGCAAGGAAUAACUAUAAACGUCUUCCGUAACAAUAAAUGAUUUAAGAUUGAUGUGCAUGAACUGCGAAUAUUUAUUAGAAAUUAUCAAAGCGAAGCAGCGAAUUGCAAGUUCUUGAUUCGUCAACAAACAAUUGUUCACGUUCAAAAUAUAGAAGAAAGAGAGUUUUAGGUCAUUGCUUUUUUGCGUAUUUUCAUUUUCUGAUUUUGUUUUAAGAAAGUGAAUUGUAGACAGGGGCGGAUUCAGCGUCUCAAUGUGACCGUAGCAUUUUGGAUGAAAUCAACAUGCGGGGCCGAAGGCCACGCCCUACCUAGGGGGGUUUGGGGGCAUGCCCCCCCCAGAAAAUUUUUGAAAUUUGAAGCCCGCAAGUACCAUUUCCUGCAUUCUGAGCAUCGAAAUUAGAUUUAAAAUUUGUAGAAAAGUGGCUGUUUUUCACACCAAAAUAAAAAAAAAACGCACAAAAGUUACAAAAUUUAUUCAUCAACAUACCACUUCGGACAACAGAUUAUCUUGAAAAAGUAAGAUAACAGUAGUUCGAAAGUUUUCAAAUGUACAUCAUCUUGAAACAGCGGCCCAACAACAGUUAGGGACAAUGUUUAUCUGGCUAAGCAGCAGCAUAUAUAGAUCAUCCCGAAACAGCAGGACAACUUAUGGCAGUCAGGAAACUGAAAUAUUUUCUGUACUGUAUAUAGAUUAUCUCCAAGUUAUAGGAAAAAUGUUUAUUUGUAGAUCAUCUUGAAACAGCAGCACAACGGCAAUUAGGAAAAAUGUUUGUUUGUAUAUGUUUAUUUGUACUAAAAUUCGAGCAGUACUGCAGGAAUUUGCGCAGAGCUUGGUGCGCAAAUUUUAGUAUAUUCAAGACAGGAAUAGGCAUGGUGGUGGAGUCGCAAUAUACAUAAGAACCUCAAUAAACUUCAUAAUAAGAGACGAUUUAACUGACGAUAAUCUCGAAACAAUUACACUUGAAAUUUCAAAACCAAAAUCCAAACCAUUCUUAAUUAAUAGUUGGUAUAAACCACCCAAUACAACACUUGAAAUAUUCAAUGCAUUCGAGGAUUUAAUUACUCGAAUGGACUCUGAAAACAAGGAAAUCAUUUUACUUGGAGAUUACAACUGCGAUUGGUCUCGCUUGGAUAGUAACAGCGCUAACGCUCAGACAAACAAGCUUGCUGGAAUUGCACAGACAUUCCAAUUUCAACAAUUAAUUAGUGAUCCAACGCGAAUUACAGCUAAUAGUAAAACCUUAAUAGAUCUAGCAUUCACCAAUAAACCGGAAUUGAUAAAUGGCUCGGGUGUCAUUCAUCUGGGGAUAAGUGAUCACAGCUUAAUCUAUAUACAGAGAAAAAUUUCCGUUCCACGUAAAGAGCCAAAAGUGAUUAAAUCAAGAAAUUUCAAACACUACAACUCAAACAACUUUAAAUCAGACCUUUCCACACACUUAUAUGAUCAAGUAUUCUGUGAUACAAUGCUUGAUCCAAAUAUUAUGUGGGAACAUUGGAAAACAAUAUUUCUGUCGGUUGCAGAUUUUCAUGCACCAGAAAGAACAAAAAAAGUUAGAAGCGAGUACGCGCCAUGGAUUACAGAAAAUAUUAAACAAACUAUGCGUCGAAGAGACUUUUUAAAGAAAAAAGCAGUUAAGACAGGAUCAAAACAUUUCCAUGAUGCUUAUAAACGCACACGAAAUGAUUUGAAUAGAUUAAUUAAGAAUACAAAAGCAAUUUACUUUACAAAUACUUUAAAUGACUGUGAUAACAACCCAAAGAAAAUGUGGAAAACAAUUAAUAAACUUACAAACAAACAGUCAAAAACAACUGUUAUAUCUGAAAUCCGGAACGAUAAUCAAAAUUUGACUAAAAAACACGAAAUUGCAGAUGCUUUAAAUUCACAUUUCAACGAAGUUUCAUCUCGUUUGGCUAACAACAUGCCACAGAGCUCAAGGACAUUUGAGUCAUACGUGACUAGGUCCGAUACACAAUUUACGAUACAAAAUGUUUCAUUAACUAAGGUAUAUAAGUUGCUCUCUACAAUUAAAACAUCCAAAUCAGCAGGGCAUGAUAGAAUACCCGGUAAACUUCUAAGAGACGCUGCUGAAGUAAUCGCACCAUCCCUGUCAGCAAUCUUUAACGCAUCUAUAAACACUGGUAUAUUUCCUGAAGACUUCAAGAUUGCUAUCAUUUCUCCAAUUCAUAAGGCUGGAAGCAAAUCUAAUUGCGAUAAUUAUAGACCAAUCUCGGUUCUAUCCUCAGUUGCUAAAAUAUAUGAGAAAUUAGUUACAGAGCAACUAGAAAUUUAUCUUGAAACUAAUCACAUUCUUGCAGAACAACAAGCAGGAUUUAGGAAAAAUCACUCUACACAAACUUCUCUACUUAACAUCACGAACCAAUGGCUAAUGAAUAUGGAUAAGGGUUUGUUAAAUGGAGUGAUUUUUUUGGAUCUCAAAAAAGCGUUUGACUGUGUUGAUCAUAAUAUAUUGUUAAAAAAAAUGCAUUGUUAUGGAAUAAGAGGUCAUACGCUUGCUUGGUUCCAGUCCUAUCUUUCUAGCAGGAUUCAAAUAUGUAAGGUAGAUCAAACAAUGUCCACGACAAGAACAGUUAAAUGUGGAAUACCCCAAGGUUCUAAUCUUGGGCCACUUCUUUUCUUAUUAUAUAUAAACGACCUGCCAAACUGCCUGACCUCAUCUUCAGCAAGCAUGUUUGCCGAUGACACAAAUGUUUCAACCAAUGGCAAAACAAAUGACGAACUACAAGAACGCAUUAACGUGGACUUAGAAAAUAUACACCAAUGGUUACUUGCAAACAAACUUACACUUAACAAAGAUAAAACUGAAUACAUGAUUAUUGGUUCAAGACAACGAAUUUCAAACUUAGUACUAACGGACCCUAAAAUUGAACUUGGCGAAUCAGUCAUUAAACGGGUUCACAAAUCAAAAACUUUAGGCGUAAUUAUUGAUGAACAUCUUUUAUGGAAUCAUCAAAUCCAAAAUAUUGUCACAAAAGCUUCAAAAGGAAUAGGAAUGAUGCGACGAAUAAAACAGUUUGUUCCCAAAUCAACCUUAGUAAAAAUAUAUAAUGCCAUUGUGCUAUCACAUUUUGAUUAUUGUAGCUUGGUUUGGGAUAACUGUUGUGAUUACUUAAAAAACAGACUUCAGAAAUUACAAAACAGAGCGGCUCGAAUCAUCACUGGUAAAACUUAUGAAGUUAGUUCUGAGGAUGUUUUAAAAGAAUUAGACUGGCAACCUUUAAACCAACGCUAUAAAACCAUUAAAUCGAUUUUUAUGCACAGAAUACGAAACGAAAAAAUGCCAUCAUCAAUUUGCAACAUGUUCAAAAUUAAAAUAAAUGACAGAUAUGAUUUAAGAAGUAACAAUAACAACUAUGAUCUUGGAAAACCUGAAACAAAUUUUAUGAAAAAGAGCUUCAGUUAUUCAGCUGCAUCCCUUUGGAAUGACUUAUCAACUACAGCAAAAGAAAAAGGCAUUAGCCUUAACAAAUUUAAACGUAUUCUUGACGGCACUUGAUUCCUUUUGGUAACUUUGUAAAUAUUUAAAUAGGAUAGAAUAUUUUUAGAUACAAAUGUAGUGCAUGCAAUUAUUAAGUUCGUUAUGUUUUCUCUGUUUUUGUGUGUAUAUUUGUGUUAUUAUAUUUAUAUAGCUUGUAAAUACUGUAAUAAACGGCCUCUUGAAAAGCAGGUGCCUACGAGCCCUGAAGAGCUACCGUUUUAAAAUAUUUUUAAAUAAUAAUAAUAAUAAUAAUACUGGGGCAAAGACGCUCAAUGUAUGAUAUGUGAUGAAUAGUCGCCUCUACUGUUUUCGCAUGUCAUUGAUUUCUGCGAGUUAUGCUAGUAUGGUACGUCUAACAGCAAGGCGGGUGGUGUGGAGUUCACACCAAAAAUGGACAAAUAAAAGACCCAGCAGAUUGGACCGAACGUGACCUAGCACGAAUGACUCCGGAAGCAAGAGAGGAUUAUGAACGUUUUAUAUUGAGCAACCGACCAAAAUAUAUUCCAAUGAAGCCGGAGAAACUUGCAAAGUUAUCCCCAGAAGAUAGGCAAGAAUAUGAGAACUCUUUAAAAAUAACAAAAACACCUAGACGUUACGCUCUUAGAAGUAGACCGUACUAAAUUUUGUAAAACGUUUUGAAGAAAUAAAUGUAUUUUAAAACUGAAAUCUUGUUUAAAUUUUUGCCCGCAAAGCCUCGCGCCCGAUUUUAAGGCAUACACCUGUGUUAUAAAUAAUCCCUAUCUAUCCAUUGGGUACACUUAGUUAUGCAAAUUCGUAUUGCCUUAAUCCCUUAAUUACCUACACGCCUCCUAAUGACUUAGCAACACAUAACAACGUAUAUAACGACAGCAUAUUUGAUAAAAACAUACUUUUAUCGCAAAAUAUAUUACAACUGUUCUAAACGUUUUUUCCUUCAAGUAUUCUUGAUAAGCUUUCUUAUGAUCUGACUCGGUCAUCAUGUAACAGUAUAUAUGUAUGUAGGAGGUUUGCUAAAUAAUGUUGAACAACAUGCAAAUAUUGACCAUAACAACAACGACGUUGACAACCAUGUUAACUUAGCUACUGCUUAGUUCGGUUUUGAGAUAUGUUGCGAUUUUUUAUUUCUGGUUGGAAACUUAAAAUAAUUAAAACGAAUUUCAAUUGCGUGUUGAAAAUAAGAGAGGGAUUGGGACUCACAACGUGCUACAUGGUUGUAAGGCAAAAGAGUUUUCUACCGUACCGGGGUCGAACCGGUGACCUAAGGAAUACUGAUUUGGUAAUAACUAUAGCCCGCGUGCAGGCCCAAGGGAACUGAUAGUGGGCCUGCAAGCAAGGCCCGGUAUUUUGUACUUUCCGCGUUCGCCCACGAACGCGGCAUUCUGAUUGGCUGUUUGCUGUUGGAUUCUAUAAUUAGAUCAGUGAUUCAUCACAAAGGCUCUCGAUAAGCUUAAAAUUCGAAAAUUGAUCGCUUUUUUCGAUUAUAAAUGGAACAAGAACAGACUGUUUAUUGUUUACUUGAAGGAAGAGAUGUUUUUGGCGUUAUGCCAAUGGGGAUUGCUUGUCGUGAGGUGUUGGAAUAGCAAUAUUACGAUUUACGACUGGGGUAAACUAUAGUAACCUUUACUUAAGAAAAUUAUCAUUUGGUUGAUGUUGACUCUGUUCUUGCACUGAAGAAAACGUGGUGAAGAUUUAGAGGCAGUUGCAUGUAAGCCUAUUCGAAACACUUUGCGAUUUACAAGGCUUCGCUGAGAGAGCGAAACAGAAGGCGGUAUUAAAUUGCCGUUUGAAACGAUCUGGACUCUGAACGCUCUCUUCUUUUGUAGAGUUCUUUAGCAAAUGAAAUAACUGAAAUAAAUUUCGUACUUUCCGCCUCCAACAAGAAUUGCACACACGAUCAGUGAUAAGUGAGACAAUUUAUUUAUAACAAUGGCGACAGCGAAGCACACAUUAUAAAUGCUAUUUAUGUACAGUAGUCGCACGGCUUCCCUCGCGAUAUUUUGGAGUUUGAGACUGGUUUUCUGUUGAAAUUCGUCCUAAUUUGCCUGUUCCGAUUUUAGUUGAAAAUGAGCACUUGUAAAUUUGGCAAUUACUGACUGCGUUACUUGCUUUUUUCGAGUUAAAACGCAACCAUUUAUACAUUGUUUAUGUUCUGAAUAAGCAGAGAAAACCCCGCAAUAUUUUAAUGCGAGUUUGUUUGUUAAUAUUUGGGUGCUGUCAUUGGUUCUUUUUUGACAAUUGACGCGCGAAUGGGGCGUGUUAUGAAAAGGGGCGUUUUACAAAAUACCGGGCCUUGCUUGCAGGCCCACUAUCAGUUCCUUUGGGCCUGCACGCGGGCUAUAAUAACUACAGUCCUUUGCUCUACCAACUGAGCUAACGGUAGAUUUUAAAAACUAACUUCUAUUUCAUACUUUUAUACAGGCAGAACUGUCAGAAACCUCUUGUCGAUUUUAUACAGACACUUGUAUAAAAGUUCAUAAUAAGCCAAUCUUAAUCCCUCUAUUGUAUCGUUUAAGGGGUGGAGGUUUGGGAGGAAGAUGAUAAAAUUUUAGGGUGGGAUUCUUACAUAUUUUGUUCUAUAUAUAAUUAACAUUUAGCUCUUUGUGUGUAUACGCCCUUCGUGGAAACCAGUUGUAAAUAAUUGUCGAAGUUAGCGUAUUGAAAUAAAGUUUUACAUACAUACACGUGGAGCGACGCUAAAAAAUGCUUAGUCAGUGCGUGACGUCAUUACUUGCCUAAACUUGCCCGCGUGACGUCAUUGCAUAUAAUUAUGACGUAUGCUAAUGAUGAUGCGCCGCCCUGAAUUUUUAAUGAUGCCCUACCCUUCUUCCGCCCUUCCUCCGCCCCAAAAUUGAGGAUCGAUCGGCCUCCGCCCUCUUCCGCCCCUUCUCCGCCCCCCCCCUCCACCCCUCCUCCGACCUUCCUCCGCCCCACCACCUCAAACUCCACCACCUCACACUCCACCACCUCACACUCCACCACCACCACACACCACCACCACAAAAAAGGGGCCCGAACGGUACCUAUAUUACUACUGUUCGGUAUCAAAUCGGGUAAAUAUUGGCCAGGCAGCAUAGUGAUAGGUGUCAAACAUGGUGUUUGCUUUUCAAUCCUGAUGAUAUUUUAUUAAAAUACGGAGUGGUUCUCGUAAUUAUUAUUGGUUAAAUUCAAUUAUAUUUUUAUCAGUCAUUAUACCUAGUGAGUGUAUAUUCCUGUAAUUUAUUUUAUACCAAUGACAGCUCUGCUUUUUAAAUAUUGAAGCCUUCGCACUGAACUAAGAUUGUAUGGACCGUAUUUCAUUCACAUGCUUUCUUAUUUCUGCAGGUGUGGGAUAGUGCAUUUGCUCCAGGAAAUAGCUCCUGCUUUAAUUCAUCAUUUCUUGAAAAGUAAGUGUGUCCAACCACAGUUCAAGGAAAUCUUCAAUUUCUCAUUUCCAAAACGAAAAAUUGCUUCUCGCAUUCAAUGAAUUAAAUUGCCGUAAUCGUUAAGAGUACCUGUUUAACAGUGACCACGUGAUUACCGUCUUGCAAGAGAAGCCUAAGGUUGUCAGGUAACGCUAUGAAAAAGAGAAAAGAACGACUUCACUAUAGUAACUGCAUCAGGUCUCGAAUUUCCCUGAAAUCAAUCGACGGCAAUGGCGUUAAAAGUUGCCGUAGAACGUAACAUCUGUCUACGGCAAUUUUGGCAGUUUCCACGGCAUUUUUCAAAUUACUAUAAUAAUAAUUUAAUUUUAUUGUUACUUUGGAUUGUUGACAAGCUAGAAACAUGUCUACGCAUUUCUCUAGUGUUUUUUUUUUCGAAGAAAACUGAGACUAAAAUAGUGAUUUAUGCAUGAUUUGAUCAACAUUUGAAUGCAAUUAUCAAAGUAGUAAUGCACAGUCAAUAGUAUAAAAAUUGCACUAUACGUCAAAAAAUUGCCGUCGUUGCCGCAAUGAUCCACGGCAUCUUCUCCCUCUACGGCAAUUGCCGCGAUAAAAUUCAAGCCCUGAACUGCAUGUGUCACUGUGAACGAAGAUGAGCAUUACCUAUUUUCAAUGAAAACUGGAAUGAGUUACAUGUGCCCAAUCAUGUUCUUGGCACGUCUUUGCAUUAAUGUACAUGCCUACUGUGCAUAGACUGCGAGCGGUCUCUCAGUAUGGGUUCAAACUUCAAAAAUUAUGCCUGUUUCAGUUUUUCAUUCAUUUUUUUUGUUUUCAAACAUAUUUUAUUUUUAUUUAACGUUAGCUCUCAAUUAUUGACUAUCAGGUCUUAUUUAUAGAUGUAUCACUUCGCAUAUGGAGACAUUUGGAAGUACGGUAGUCAUUGGAAAGGCAGUAGAACUGAUCAACUUGGUGAGAAAUAUGGUCAUCGUUAAUUAGACAAGCUUGUUUAAAAUUUCUUGCAAAGUUAUUAUAUUAGUAUUUUGUGUUUUAGCUUUUUGCAUUUCGUGUGGUCUACGAUAACUUGUCACUUUAUUUGACAAACUGAACUUUGCCGAUUGCAAGCGUAACAAUUUUUGCUGCGACUUCUUAAGUGCGAUUUUCGUAUUCUGGUGCAUGUGAACGGGUAAAUAGUGAAUGAAUGUUCUGAAUAUAUAAUUGCUGUAAAAAUAAAAUAGUCUAAGCUCAGUAAGUAAUUAGGUGAUAUCCACAUGUAAAUUUGCGCUAUAGAAAUCGUAAUCGUAUAAUUAUGUAUCGUCAUCUGGACAUUCCGCAUAGGGAUGGGCCGAUAUCGAUACCAAAUACUCGAUACUAUCGAUACCAGGGUUUUGAAGAAAAGUAUCGAUACUGGCAAGAAAUAUCGAUGUUUCUAUAUUUCUGCGCCUGCGCUAUUUUUUUUAUUUUGGUCAGCGGCAUCAUCAUGAAAAUGAUACCAAAAAGCCAACAAAAAGACUAAAUAGGCGUAAAUACUAGAAAAAUAGUUCAUUUUCUAUUGUGCUAUAAUGGUCCACGGGCAGGAUGGGAGUUUCUGGUUAUGUUGGUUGCAAUCACUGACAUAUAUUAUUCAAUGUUUGUAUUGUUAGCGUUGUUGCCGUUGUUAAUGAUUAAAAAUAGUCUUUUUGUUGUUAUGGUUGUUCGAGUUGGGAAAUUCGAUAUCGGUAUCGAUAUCGAAAAAACCCGGCAAAUAUCGAGGAAAUAUCGUAUCGAAUGAAAAAGCUGGUAUCGCCCAUCCCUAAUUCCGCAUAACUCACCAUUCAUUUACAUCAAUCAGAAGAACAAAAUCGCACCAGAUUCGAUACUAAAGGAAUACCGAAUGGUUUUCCGUGCAGGAUUGCGUGAUCCGUGCACGAGGGAUGUCGCGAGACUUUCGGAAAGCGUAAAAAUACUCGAGUGUAUUUUUACGCUUUCCUAAAGUCGAGCAACAUCCCAAAUGCAUGGAUCACGCUAUCCUGCUUGGAAAACCAUUUGAUAAUUGUUUUAUAAAAUAACUACAGUGAAACAAUGACAUUUUGAAAAUCCCGCGAAGGCAUUUUAAUUCCUCGUGCAGGAUAGCCUGAUCCUGCACGGCUAUUGGCCAAUCAAAUUGCGUGUUUCACUGUAGUUAUUAUAUAAACUGUAUUGAAUUCUACCUGCAUUGACCUUCAAUGUCGUUCACAUGACCUUGAUAAGAAGAUAGGACGGACAGUAUUUGUAUAAUUGUGGACGUUCACCAUGGGGUAUUGCAGAUAGUGACCGAUCAUGUGACAAUCGGAAAUUACCGAUGGUUCCAAGCACCAUGCCGAUCCUCGUUCCGGUUGUUAAAACCAGUUGAAUGACGUCAUUCAUUUUGCACGUAAAUUGGCAUACAGUACUUGGCAUAAAUUGACCUUGGCAAAAAUUGACAUUUCUCACAAGAGAAAAAAUUAACCCCACAAAGCAGAUCGUGGUUUUGCAAAAGAGAAUUCAACAUUCUAAAGAGUUAUUUUAUUUCCAUAAUAUAUAUAAUAUAAGGAACUUUUACCUAUUUCGAUUGUCUGCCGAUUAUCGGUCUGUCACUAAUUGCAGAAUCUGUGGUUUGUGUAAUUUCAGAUGAUCAACACGUUAGCAUUAUUUUUAUCACCGGAAGAAAGAUGUCAAUCACGUCAUGUGACAAAUGAUAAGAAUAUGGAGUAUGACCCUGAUCUAUUUGUUCAAGGAAUUCUAACGGUAUUUCUCUUAAUAUAUUACAGUUUUACGACUGCGCAUAUGUAGAAUGCUCUAAAAAUAGGCAUAUCAAGAUCCAGCCUAGACCUAGGGCUUUUACUCAGCUGUUGGCACUUGAUUUGUAGGUUUAUUGACUUCAUGACGUAACGAAACGGGCUUUGUCGCUUUCGCUCUUCCUUCGCCCCCGCCCCUAAAUUACCUAGGUUUCAGUCUUCUUAUGUGAAAUCUUUUACUGUCGGUGCCACUGUAGCCAUGGACAAUAACACAACACCGUGGAUUGAGAUAGAUACAACUGCAUGGACCUGAAAAUGUAAGGAAGGAUCCUUCUGUCGAAACGACGAAGUUCUGGCUAUAUUUUCAGAAGUAGCUGCCACGUUCAAUUUUCCUCGCUCUGGCAAGUUUCAGCUCUGCUCAUGUUCUAGUCGAUUAAGCGCUAUAUCUGUUCGGAAACUACAUUACUCUGUUCCUAUUAUUGUUAUUGUUAUUGUUACCUUUACUGUUACUGUUAUUGUUAUUGUUAUUGUUAUUGUUAUUGUUAUUGUAGAAGGCUGUAAAAUGGCUUGAGUCACUUUUGACUUCCAUUACCGCUAUCACUACCUCGCGCUAACCUGGUUUGCAUGUAAGUGGUUAGUGAUUUCCAACCAGUGGCAGUGUUGGUGGUGGUGGUGGGGGUCAAAUAUGAACCUCGCAAAUAAUUUCAUAGUAGUGUGGUAUUUAUUCUUGCAUGUUUUAUAUAGUGUAAAGGCCUGUUAAAUCAGUAUUACGUUGUCCAGUUUGUAGUCCGUAAUAUGUCGUGUUUUAGUGUUAGAUGGAUGGACUUAGUAUGGGAUUCUAGUUCUGUUGUCCAAUCCUUCAAUCAUAGCUGUAUGUGUAUUUUUUAUAUGACAUGAUUGUAAAGUUAAUAAAAAAAGGGGGGGGGGGAUUUUCAUCUACAAAACCAUUCCACAACUAGUUCUAUCAAGUGAGAUGCCCCAAAUCCUAACAUUUACCUAUUACUGAUAUACAUAGGUUAUAAACUAUUAUAAAUUUCCGUUUAUAUUUCCAGAAAGAGGAUGGCAGUUAUGAGUUGAGUUCGAAGAAGGUUUUAACAAGUCGCUUUCCCACCACGGUGAUUAAUCUUGAGAAAGAAGAUGUUUCACAGUCGAGUUUGUUUGCAGAACAUUGUUCGACACGUCAUCAGUUUUUGAACUUGGAGUUAGAGUACCUAUGGAAUGAUGACGAGGAUGCUCCCGUCUACCCUGCUUUGUAAGUUCGCAUCAGGGGGGCCGGUUGUACGAAAGCCGAAUAGCAUUAUCCACUAUUGGCCGUUGACUGGUAUAACCCAGAUUAAACUUUAGCAUAUAAAAUUAAAGUUUCCUUUCAUUAAUUUCCCAUGUGAUCCAUAUUCGUAGUUUCAUCGAUUUUCAAGUAUUUUCACAACAGUAGAAAAAUUCACAGACCUGUGGACAGCGCUAUCUGGCCUCCAUACAACCGACUCCAAAAUGGUUUCUUAAUUAAUAAUAGGGAUAAACUGGUCAGGAAUUACCCCCUCGUACUUUCCCUUGUAGGUUACCAUCAAGAGGUUUAUUGAUCCAAUCCUCACAUACUUUAUAGAACGUUCUCGUUCAAUGAAAAUUGUUGAAUGUUUAGUUGGCUUUGUUAUAACAUGGAGACACUCUUUGUUGCAAAAAGAUAUGCAAUACUUCGUAUUUCCAGUAUUCUCCCCAGAUAGGUACAAAAAAGUACAAGGAGACAAGUGAGGAGAUAUUAAACUGGAAAUUUGGAACUUUCUGUUUUAGGCAGCACUUUCUUUGCGAUAGGAACGUUUUUUAACAAAUGUUGAAUAGAAAACGAGAGAUUCACACAAGUGGAAGGAAAUGGCCUGGGAAGCACAGGAUGCUUCCUCUCCUUUCAAAUGUUUUUAUGAAGUGCUCUUUCAUCGACAUGUACUCUAUUAAAUUAAACUGAUCUUCAGUGUGUCUUUGAAAUUUAUAAUUUCUGUCUUCAAGUGUUAAAACCAGGCUACGGUUGUGGAGAGAUCCAGAAAUUAUCGUCAUAUCAAAAUUUCAAAAAUAUAUAAUUUUUGACAAUAAGUACACGGACAGUUUAUCAAUAGCAGUUUUUGCUUGCAGAGGCUUAUUUCACAACUUGAAACAUGAAAGCAAGAUGAUUGGCGAUAUGUUGAGUGAUGUAAGUAUUCAAGCGUCUUUCUUCAUUUAUAAGUUGUAACAUAAUAUUUUAUUGCGUGAAUCACAGCAGGAAUAUGUGAGUCCGAGAAUAAAGCAUGCAUGCAACAUGUAGUUAACGUCACGCGUUACGCGAACUGAUAUGAGAGGUAAAAAUUCGCCCCCUGAAAAGUGGGUUCGGUUUCUGACGAAUAAGAGAGAAGUUCAGGUUUGACUUCUGCCUCUUACUAUCUCAUAUCUGCAUGGCAUGUAUGAAUUUUUAUCCAAAAUAUCCGGCCGGAUAUUUUGCAACUAUCCGGCAUAUCCGGCCGGAUAGCAAAAAGCACCAUCCGGUACACCCCUAGAUUAGUUAAUUUAAUAAUCCCUUGAUGGUAGUCAGGCAAGCGCUAGUGGAAGUGCUUAGUGGUAGUGGAAGUCAACUCUCAAUUAACAUUGUACAGAUAGCAGAUGAGUUCAAAGUUAAAAACACAUGUUUCGAAGGAUAAUCCAGUUUAAAGUUCUAAAUAUCUAAAUUAUGUAUUUUGUUAUGCUCGGCUAUAGAUUCAACUGUUACCACCACAGGACAGUAUUCGUGUAGUUUAUAUUGAAAAUUUCAAACGCCUUAUACGAAGAAAAGCUGUGGCUGUCAUUAAAUACAUCGAGGAUCUUUCGUAAGUUGACUUACCGUACACCGUUAUUUACAGCUAUUAGGGAGCUUAAGCAUGUAGGACGGCAACACGACGGCGAAGGCAACCAAUGCAAUGAGUGAAUGAAAAGAGAGAAAUAAUUAAAGUCCCGGGCGAGUUUCAGACGUAGUCGUCGCUCUGUUUACAACGGCAAAUCACAGAUUUUCACGUCUUAUACAACCCUUGCAUUUCAAGUCGUAACAAGUGCAACUUAAAAUUCGGUUUGAUAGAACUCUUCCCAAACAUAAAGCCAAUGUUUUCAUACGAAUUAUAAUAUACGACAAGUUUUCUUAUUUUACUAUCAUUUAUUUGAAGGAAUUUGUUUUGGCCGUCGUCGUCGUGUUGCCGUCCUACAUGCUUAUUAAUAAGCUCCCUAUUAAAUAAUCCGCCUCACACCCUUGAAGGAAUUUGGUAUAUGGAGAUUUCGAGCAAAAACUAUUCAUCAUAUUUUAGACCUAUAUUGGGUUACGUAAAGGGGCUGUUAGAAAGAUCUCGAGCGGUGGGUGCCAGUGUAGAUAGAAAGGAUUGAAAAUGCGAGUACUAUACAUAGUACAAGUGCGUAAAUUAAUGCAAAACUACGGAAACUACUGAAAAUUUGAGCACCCGAAUUUGCAGGCUGGCAUUGAAAACUACUGCACUUAUUUACAAUGGGGUAGACCGUCCGCCUCGAUUUCAAGCUAGGGUUGCGUGUGCGCAAAUUCGGGAAGUGUGUGUUGAAAAUUUCAUUUUGGGUUACUUCUAUAUAUACUACCAGAUUUAAAUAUGCUACUAAAUCUCUUGAACAUAUACAUUUUUUCUCUGUUUUAGGAGAUUUGGUUAUGAGCGAAUGGAUAGCAGUGGCUUACAAGAAGUAAGACAACUAUUACAUUUAACUAAGGACGGUGAUUUUCUUAUAGUCUUAGCAACUGCUGAAAAACUUCGUCCAAAUAUUUAUUUGUGUGCAAUGGGAGAGGGAGGGCAAAAUGGAACUGAAGCGAUAUAUAGGAAUGUGUUGGGAUGCUUGUAG